AUAUGGCUAUACAGCUGGAUAAGAUCCUGGCCGAUAUUGCCAAGGAGAAAGCGCUGCAUCCAAACAAUCCGGGCUCAACCAAACAAGAGCAAGAUGAGGCUUGGGCGCGCAUUGGACGUCUGAAUAAAUUGACGGUGCACGAGUCGCGUUCCAUAUUCAUUGUGCUGCAAAAGAAAUAUGAGCAGGAGAAGUUGAAAGGCAACUCUGGCUGGAAGCUGUUUGGCCUAAUGCAAAAGAUUCACCAGGAGCACAAGGCGGCGCCAAAAAACAGAAGAGUGAAACCAUUGCCCAUGGAGGAGGUGGAGGUGUACGAGAUGUUAGAAGUGCAGGAGCCAGAAGAUGAUGAGGAUUGUUCGCCGAGAGCGACACCGCCACGCUACGGUCAGCCUUCGAAUUCGACUGGUUCCGCCAGCUCAGAUGGCGACAGUCCAAUCAAAUCGAAUAGCACCGGUGGCACACCGGAAAAAGAUGAACACAAAUCGUAUGCGAAACCCAUUGUGGAUACCCCGCGACCAGCAUUCGAGGAAAAGAAGCUACUCAACACAAUGGCCAGUAAUCCGCAACGCUCCAGCGCUACUAACAGCAGCUCACAGUCAUCCGCAGUCUCAGCGGCAGCAGCUGCACUUCAAAAGAAAGGAAUCACUUUGAAAAAAACGCCAAGCUCGAGCGUCUCAGGUGCUGGACAAAAGUCUACGGGCGCACAACAGCAGCCCAGCAACAAAGUCUCGGCAGGCGGACGCACAACAAUCCAACUGCCGGAGGCAGUUAAACGUAAGCUGUCGGAUGAAUGCGCCAGCUCGACGGUACACAAGAAGGUGAUGAAGACAAACUCCAGCAUCAAACAGGCAGUUGGCAACAGCAACAGUAGUGCAAAUCCAGAGCCAGCAACUGCGGGCGGUGCCACAGCUAGUGUGGUCCACACAACCACCGCCCAAUUGCUGCAGGUUAAGAAGGAACGUGAGAGCAACCAAUCUCCACCGCCAGGCAUUAAUAUCAUAACUAUACCUGCCGCACAGCAGCUCAAUGGCAACAUGAUUGGUGGCGGAACAGGCGGAGGUGCCAACUCAUCGACAGGCGCAACUGUGGCAUCCACAUCGGUGGCCAGUACCAAUGGCUUCUCGCCGCACAUUGAGGAGUUGGAAUUUAAGAACGAAAUCAUUUUCGAUUCCGGCAAAGGAAAUGCCACGAAUGCCACACCAGAGAUUAUUAAUUUGGGCAACUUUGAUAACUCGCUGCCGCCCACAUUCUUUAAGAAUCUAUGCAACUCGGGUCGCCACGAGGCACUCGGUCUGUAUGUGGCCAAUGUGAUGAACCGAAUCUCACGACGCGCUGCUGCCAAAUUGGAACUGGGCAUUCUGCGUGCCAUUGUUGAUGUGCAAAGCGAUGAGCUGGAGCAGUAACCCCACACAAUUGGUCGAUUAGACUCCCUACUCCCUACACAGCUUAGAAGUUAGACAAUGUAGUCAUGUAGUGAGCUGAAUUUUAAUUUAAUUCGAUGACAUUUUAUGACGAUUUGUAAGCAUUUCAUUAAUCCAACAAUUUUAAAGAAUUGUUCCCUAUUUAAGCAUAUGUUAUGUGUAAGAUUCAUCCAUCGAUCCAUUGUCACCCACAUUCAUAAUUAUCGAAAAUACGCUAAGCAUUUGAUUACGUUUUGAUUUACAACUUUGUAAUUGUAAGUCAAUUAUGUACACAGGUAUUUUGAUUUGUAACUUUGUAAUUGGAGAUCAAAUGUAGUGUAAGAGAUCGGUUUUAAAAAGUUGUACCGUGUUUGAACUCAUCGCGUUUAUUAAUCUCCCAUUUUGGUUGUCAUGCCCUCUCAUCGAAUUCAUGUCAUUUUAGUUUGUAAGUUGCAACAUAUUUUCAUUGCGUUUACAUGAAUACAUAAAUUAUAUGAUAAAUAUAAUAAUAAAUCAAUAAAGAUGCACCAUAGCCCACUUA